UGAAGAAAUAAUUGACUUCUAUGACUUCAUGUCUCCUCGUCCUGAAGAAGCAGCUAUGAGAAGAGAAGUGGUGAAAAGGAUAGAAACUGUCAUCAAAGAUCUUUGGCCUACAGCUGAUGUCCAGAUAUUUGGCAGCUUUAGUACAGGGCUUUAUCUUCCAACUAGUGAUAUUGAUCUAGUUGUUUUUGGGAAAUGGGAACGGCCACCUUUACAGCUGCUGGAGCAAGCACUAAGAAAACACAAUGUGGCUGAGCCGUAUUCCAUUAAAGUACUUGAUAAAGCUACAGUACCAAUAAUAAAACUUACUGACCAGGAGACAGAAGUGAAAGUUGACAUCAGUUUUAAUGUAGAAACUGGUGUGAAGGCAGCUCGAUUUAUCAAGGAAUACAUGAAGAAAUAUUCUUUGCUGCCUUACUUGAUUUUAGUAUUAAAACAGUUCCUCCUUCAGAGGGACUUGAAUGAAGUUUUUACUGGUGGAAUUAGCUCUUACAGCCUAAUUUUAAUGGCAAUUAGUUUCCUGCAGCUGCAUCCAAGAAUUGAUGCCAGACGAGCUGACGAAAACCUUGGAAUGCUUCUGAUAGAAUUUUUUGAACUCUAUGGAAGGAAUUUUAACUACUUGAAAACUGGUAUUAGAAUAAAAAACGGAGGUGCCUAUAUUGCCAAAGAAGAAAUCAUGAAAGUCAUGACUAACGGAUACAGACCAUCCAUGCUAUGUAUUGAAGAUCCUCUCCUGCCUG